GGGGUCGCGCUGGGGGAGUGAACUGGGCCAAUCAGGCGGGUGCGUGGCGGCGCGGGGAGGCGGUGCCCCUGCACUCCUCCCUCCUCUCCCUCCCGACCCCGCGCUGACAGGGGGGCCUGGCCGCGCCGCCGAACUUUGACACUUCGUGCCAUGUCAUUCUCUAGAGCAAUAAUGAACGUUGACCUGUUUUGGAUUAGUUGAUGACCUUUGGAAAUGAUCCAGUAUCUGCUGUGGAGAAGCCGAGUAUAAUCCAUUUGGAGUGAACAGCCCAGAUUGUUACUGAAGUUUCAAGAUGACAGACCCAAUGAUGGACUUUUUCGAUGAUGCCAAUCUUUUUGGUGAGACCUUAGAAGGUUUGUCAGAUGACGCAUUUGUACAACCAGGACCUGUCUCACUAGUUGAUGAAUUGAACUUGGGUGCAGAAUUUGAACCUUUGCACAUAGACUCACUGAACCAUGUUCAGGGUACUCCAACACAUCAGAAGAUGGCUGAUUUCGAACAGUUAAAUCAGUUUGAUUCACUAAAAUUUCAUCAAGUUAAUCAGUCUUUUGGUAGCCCAGCUGAACAUGUGUUGUCUCCACACUCUCAGUUUAAUUGCUCUCCGAUCCACCCGCAAAACCAAUCCAAUGGUUUGUUUCCAGAUGUAGGAGAUGGCAGUCCAAUGUGGGGCCAUCAGACAGCUACUAGCAUCUCAAAUCAAAAUGGGUCUCCUUUUCACCAACGAGGACAUUCACACUCUAUGCAUCAAAAUAAAAGCUUUGUGGCACACCAUGACUUUACCUUAUUUCAGGCCAAUGAACAACCGACACAGUGUACAUCACUACGCUCACAACAAAACAGAAAUAAUCUUAACCCAGGGCAAAAUUCUCUUAGCCAGUCUAAAAAUUUUAUGGAUGUUAAUGUUUCUGGUCCACACAGAGUCAGUGUUAACCACCCACCACAAAUUACUAAUGCAUCUGCUUCACAACAGUCUCUUUCGAUGCAGCAGUUUUCUCAGACGUCAAACCCUUCAGUACACUUCCUCAAGUGUAGUAAUCAUCAAGAAGGAAAUUUUAACGGACCUUCUCCAAAUCUGACUUCUUGUUCUGUCAGUAAUUCACAGCAGUUUUCUUCACAUUAUUCCUUUUCCAGUAAUCAUAUCUCAUCAAACAGUCUUCUUCAGUCCUCUGCAGUUCUUGCUUCUAAUCAUACAAAUCAGACUUUAUCUGAUUUUACUGGAAGUAAUUCCUUUUCACCUCACAGGGGAAUCAAGCAAGAAUCCACUCCGCAUAUCCUAAACCCCAGUACAUCAUCGUUGAAUUCUAAUAAUUUCCAAAUGUUGCAUCCGUCACAUCCUCAGGGUAAUUAUAGCAAUUCAAAAUUAUCUCCUGUGCACAUGAACUUCCCAGAUCCUGUUGACUCAGGAACUCAAAUGGGCCAUUUCAAUGAUCAUGUAGAAACUAAUGGCUUUUCGUCUUUAGAAGAGAAUUUACUUCAUCAAGUGGAGUCUCAAACCGAGCCGUUCACAGGACUUGACCCAGAGGACCUUCUUCAGGAGGGUCUCCUUACCCAAUAUGAUGAGUCAGCAUUUGGGCAAGAUAGUUCAAGUCAUGUCUUAGAUCACGACCUUGAUCAGCAGUUUACUUCACAUCUUGUAACACGGCCUUCGGAUGUGGCUCAAGCUCAGCUGCAGAGUCAGGCCCGUAGCUGGCAUUCCUCGCUUGUUCAUCAGCAGCACUUACAGGACAGAAACCGCCUGUGUUUACAGCGACAGCCUCCAUCUUCCAAGAAGAGUGAUGGUUCUGGGACAUAUACUAAGUUGCAGAAUACCCAGGUGAGGGUCAUGUCUGAGAAGAAGCAAAGAAAAAAGAUGGAAUCAGAAAGCAAGCAAGAAAAGGCUAAUCGUAUAAUAUCAGAGGCCAUAGCAAAAGCAAAGGAGCGUGGGGAGCGCAAUAUUCCACGAGUAAUGAGCCCUGAAAACUUUCCUAGUGCUUCAGUUGAAGGAAAAGAGGAAAAAAAAGGCAGAAGGAUGAAAUCCAAGCCCAAGGACAAAGAGAGCAAAAAAACAAAAACUUGUUCCAGAUUAAAAGAGAAAACAAAAAUUGGGAAACUCAUUAUUACAUUGGGUAAGAAACAAAAAAGAAAGAAUGAGUCUUCAGAUGAAACGUCUGAUACAGAGCAGAUGACACAGCAUGCAUUGAAAGAUGAGGACUCUCAAAAAAGAAGAUCAAAUCGACAAAUUAAAAGAAAAAAAUAUGCAGAAGAAGCAGAAGGGAAGCAAUGUGAAGAAGCAGUUAAAGGUUCUAUGAAAAUAAAAAGAAAUUCAGCUCCCUUACUUGGUGAACAGCCCUUACAAUUAUUUGUGGAGAAUCCCAGUGAAGAAGAUGCUGCAAUUGUGGACAAAAUAUUAUCUUCUAGAAUUGUGAAAAAGGAAAUGUCCCCUGGAGUGAUGAUUGAUAUAGAAGAAUUUUUUGUAAAAUACAAGAAUUACUCCUAUCUUCACUGUGAAUGGGCUACAGAAGAACAGCUUUUGAAAGAUAAAAGGAUCCAGCAGAAAAUCAAACGAUUUAAAUUGAGACAAGCACAAAGAGCACAUUUCUUCUCAGAUAUGGAAGAAGAACCAUUUAACCCAGACUAUGUUGAAGUAGACAGAGUAUUGGAAGUUUCAUUUUGUGAAGAUAAGGAUACUGGUGAGCCUGUUAUUUACUACUUAGUAAAGUGGUGCUCAUUGCCAUAUGAAGAUAGUACUUGGGAACUAAAAGAAGAUGUAGAUCUUGCAAAAAUAGAAGAGUUUGAACAAUUGCAAGCUUCAAGGCCUGACACAAGACGCUUGGAUCGUCCGCCUUCUAAUAUUUGGAAAAAAAUAGAUCAAUCCAGGGACUACAAAAAUGGCAACCAACUCAGGGAAUAUCAACUAGAAGGACUCAACUGGCUGUUGUUCAAUUGGUACAAUAGACGAAACUGCAUUUUAGCAGAUGAAAUGGGUCUUGGCAAAACCAUUCAGUCAAUUACAUUCCUCUACGAAAUCCUCCUGACCGGUAUACGAGGACCUUUCCUGAUUAUCGCUCCACUUUCCACUAUUGCAAACUGGGAGAGAGAGUUUCGUACAUGGACUGAUAUUAAUGUGGUGGUUUAUCACGGGAGCCUGGUUAGCAGACAAAUGAUACAGCAGUAUGAGAUGUACUUCAGGGACUCCCAGGGGCGUAUCAUUCGAGGAGCUUACAGAUUCCAAGCCAUCAUCACUACUUUUGAAAUGAUUCUUGGAGGCUGUGGAGAACUUAAUGCAAUUGAAUGGCGAUGUGUGAUUAUUGAUGAAGCACAUAGGUUAAAAAAUAAAAAUUGUAAACUCCUGGAAGGUCUGAAACUCAUGAAUCUGGAACACAAGGUGCUUUUGACUGGCACGCCUCUCCAAAAUACAGUUGAAGAACUAUUCAGUCUUCUUCAUUUUCUUGAACCCUUAAGGUUUCCCUCUGAAUCAACAUUUAUGCAAGAAUUUGGGGAUCUGAAAACAGAAGAACAGGUACAGAAACUUCAAGCUAUCCUGAAACCAAUGAUGUUGAGACGAUUGAAAGAAGAUGUGGAAAAAAAGUUGGCACCUAAGGAAGAAACCAUCAUUGAAGUAGAACUUACUAACAUUCAAAAGAAAUACUACCGGGCUAUUUUGGAGAAGAACUUUUCGUUUUUGUCCAAAGGAGCAGGACAGACUAACGUACCUAACUUGGUGAACACCAUGAUGGAGCUCAGAAAGUGCUGUAACCAUCCAUACCUUAUUAAAGGUGCUGAGGAGAAAAUACUUGGAGAAUUUAGAGAUACGUAUAAUCCAGCUGCUUCUGAUUUUCAUCUUCAAGCAAUGAUCCAGUCCGCUGGUAAAUUGGUCCUUAUAGAUAAGCUGCUCCCCAAAAUGAAAGCAGGGGGUCAUAAAGUGCUCAUCUUCUCUCAGAUGGUACGGUGCCUUGACAUCCUGGAGGACUAUCUUAUACAUAAAAGAUAUUUAUACGAGCGGAUUGAUGGAAGAGUCAGAGGGAAUCUGCGACAAGCUGCUAUAGACCGAUUUAGCAAACCUGAUUCGGAUCGAUUUGUUUUUCUUCUGUGUACCCGAGCUGGUGGGUUAGGCAUCAACCUAACUGCAGCUGAUACAUGUAUUAUUUUUGAUUCUGAUUGGAAUCCUCAAAAUGAUCUUCAGGCCCAAGCUCGUUGCCACAGAAUUGGUCAGAACAAAGCAGUUAAAGUCUACCGACUGGUAACUCGUAAUUCAUAUGAGAGAGAGAUGUUUGACCGAGCCAGCUUGAAACUGGGUCUGGAUAAAGCUGUGUUACAGAGCAUGAGUGGAAGAGAAAGCAAUGGCGGUGGUAUUCAACAGCUUUCUAAAAAAGAAAUAGAAGACCUGCUGCGAAGAGGUGCGUAUGGUGCCAUUAUGGAGGAAGAAGAUGAAGGCUCUAAAUUCUGUGAAGAGGAUAUUGAUCAGAUUUUACAACGUCGUACAAAAACUAUUACAAUUGAAUCAGAAGGACGGGGGUCAACAUUUGCCAAGAACAGCUUGGUUAUUGACACUCCAAGAAUUAGGAAGCAAACAAGACCCUUUAGUGCCACAAAAGAUGAAUUGGCUGAGUUAUCUGAAGCUGAAAGUGAAGGAGAUGAGAAGCCCAAACUCCGGAGACCAUGUGACCGUUCCAAUGGCUAUGGAAGAACUGAAUGCUUUAGAGUAGAGAAAAAUCUGCUAGUUUAUGGGUGGGGCCGAUGGAGAGAGAUUCUCUCUCACGGUCGUUUUAAAAGGCAGCUGAAUGAGCAUGAUGUUGAGAUAAUUUGCCGAGCCCUCUUGGCAUAUUGCCUUGUUCACUACCGAGGAGAUGAGAAAAUUAAAGGGUUCAUAUGGGAUCUCAUUACUCCAACUGAAGAUGGCCAAACAAGGGAGCUGCAGAAUCAUCUAGGCCUGUCAGCUCCGGUACCCAGAGGUCGUAAAGGGAAGAAGGUGAAAACUCAAACAAGCUCAUUUGAUAUACAAAAAGCAGAAUGGCUUCGAAAAUAUAAUCCUGAGCAGCUACUUCAAGAUGAAGGCUAUAAAAAACAUAUAAAACACCAUUGUAAUAAGGUUUUGCUUCGUGUGAGAAUGCUGUAUUAUCUAAAGCAAGAAGUCAUUGGAAAUGAGUGUCAAAAAGUAUUUGAUGGCGUUGAUGCAAGUGACAUUGAUGUUUGGGUCCCAGAGCCAGACCACUCAGAAGUUCCUGCUGAGUGGUGGGAUUUUGAUGCUGAUAAAUCACUCCUUAUUGGAGUUUUUAAACACGGUUAUGAAAAAUAUAACACUAUUCGAGCAGACCCAGCAUUGUGCUUCUUGGAAAGAGUGGGGAAACCUGAUGAGAAAGCAGUUGCCGCUGAACAGAGAGCAAAUGAUUACAUGGAUGGGGAUGGGGAAGAUCCGGAAUACAAACCUGCCCCAGCUGUCUUUAAAGAUGAUAUAGAGGAUGAUGUUUCUUCACCAGGCGACCUUGUUAUAGCAGAUGGCGAUGGUCAACUGAUGGAGGGUGAUAAAGUUUAUUGGCCAACUCAGUCAGCUUUAACCACGCGGCUGAGGCGUCUCAUCACUGCAUAUCAACGUACCAAUAAAAACAGACAGAUCCAGCAGAUGCCGCCAGCCUUCCCAAUGCCUGCCAGUGUCAUGCAGCCUCUUUACGAAGAAGCCACUCUUAACCCUAAAAUGGCAGCCAAAAUAGAAAGACAGCAGAGAUGGACAAGGAGAGAAGAAGCUGACUUUUAUAGAGUUGUAUCUACAUUCGGAGUGGUAUUUGAUCCUGACAGAGGCCAGUUUGAUUGGACAAAAUUUCGAGCUAUGGCUCGGCUGCAUAAGAAAACUGAUGAUAGUUUGGAGAAGUAUUUGUAUGCAUUCAUGUCUAUGUGUCGAAGGGUUUGCCGUCUUCCUUCCAAAGAAGAAUUGGUGGAUCCAAAUAUUUUUAUCCAGCCUAUCACAGAAGAACGUGCUUCUAGGACUUUGUAUCGCAUUGAACUUCUAAGAAAAGUACGGGAACAGGCUCUCCGACAUCCACAGUUAUUUGAACGCUUAAAGCUUUGCCAUCCAAAUCCAGACUUACCCAUCUGGUGGGAAUGUGGCCCUCAUGAUAGGGAUUUACUUGUUGGAGCUGCUAAACAUGGAGUGAGCCGAACAGACUAUCACAUUCUUCGUGAUCCUGAACUCUCAUUUAUGGCAGCUCAAAGGAACUACAGUCAAAGUAAGAUGGCUCAUUGCAGGACUUCUACCCCACUUUUACAGCAAUAUCAAGUAGCACUUUCUGCUUCUUCUCUCACCUCUCUACCUAGAGUCCUAGAUGCUAAAGGUAUAAUUCUAGAGGAUAUGAAAGUUAAAAAUGAAAACCUUAAAGAGGAGCCUCAGUCUUCUGAAGAAGAAUCUAUGUCUUCUGAGGAAACCAGGACACUAAUAAAGUCUGAGCCUGUCAGUCCAAAGAAUGGUGUUUUACCACAGGCUACUGGAGACCAGAAAUCUGGUGGAAAAGGAGAAACAGACAGACGCAUGGUUGCAGCCAGAACAGAACCCCUAACUCCAAACCCAGCUUCUAAGAAACAGCGAGUCCACAAACGAGGGUCAGAAUCUAGUUCUGAUUCUGACUCUGAUUCCGAGAGGUCAUCUUGUUCUUCCAGGUCAUCUUCCUCUUCUUCCUCCUCCUCCUCUUCUUGUUCCCACUCUCGAUCAGGUUCUAGUUCUUCUUCAUCCUCAUCUUGUUCUUCGGCAUCAUCUUCUUCUUCCUCUUCCUCCUCCUCCUCAUCAUCCUCUUCAUCUUCGUCCGAAGAGAGUGACAGUGAAGAAGAGGAAAUCCAAAAGCGAGCAGAAGGUACCCCUCACAUGAAAGCCUAUGAUGAAGAAAGUGUUGCAUCACUGAGCACUACGCAGGAUGAGACUCAGGAUAGUUUCCAGAUGAACAAUGGGACACCAGAGUCUGCUUACAUCUUACAAGGUGGCUAUAUGCUGGCAGCAUCGUAUUGGCCAAAGGAUCGCGUGAUGAUCAACCGGUUGGACAGUAUUUGUCAAACAGUUCUGAAAGGGAAGUGGCCUUCAGCUAGAAGAAGUUAUGAUGCUAAUACAGUGGCCUCUUUCUAUACCACAAAACUGCUGGACAGCCCUGGAGCAGCUACAGAAUAUAGCGAGCCCAGUGUACCCACUCCCCCAGGUGCAGGUGUUAAAGAAGAACAUGAUCAGUCACCACAGAUGUCAAAGGUGAAGAAGCAUGUACGAGAAAAGGAGUUUACAGUGAAAAUCAAAGACGAAGGUGGUUUGAAAUUGACAUUUCAGAAGCAAGGACUUGCUCAGAAGAGAUCAUUUGAUACUGAAGAUGGUGCUCUGGGGCAGCAACAGUACCUCACACGCCUUCGGGAGCUUCAAAGCGCAUCAGAGACCAGCCUUGUCAAUUUUCCAAGAUGCCCACCAGUAUCAGGUACUUCCAUUCAAUCAGCUCUUGGUGCCAAUGGAGUGAUACUAGACAACCAGCCUAUAGUCAAAAAAAGGCGAGGAAGGAGGAGGAAUGUAGAAGGUGUUGACAUCCUCUUUUUUAACAGAAACAAACCACCUAAUCACGUUACUAUAGGCAUAACCACCUCACAGGUUUCUACAGGGAUAAGUCCAGCUCUUUCCUAUACUCAACCUCAAGGAAUACCUGAUACGGAGAGUCCAGUUCCAGUUAUUAACCUUAAAGAUGGGACGAGACUUGCAGGUGAUGAUGCACCGAAGAGAAAAGAUUUGGAAAAAUGGCUUAAGGAGCACCCGGGUUAUGUGGAAGAUUUAGGAGCAUUUAUUCCUAGAAUGCAGCUUCAUGAAGGAAGGCCGAAACAGAAAAGGCACCGUUGCAGAAACCCCAAUAAAUUAGAUGUUAAUAGUCUCACUGGAGAAGAACGUGUUCAGCUGAUUAACAGAAGAAAUGCUAGAAAGGUUGGAGGUGCAUUUGCUCCCCCACUGAAAGAUUUAUGUCGAUUCCUGAAAGAAAAUUCAGAAUAUGGAGUAGCUCCUGAAUGGGGAGAUGUGGUUAAGCAAUCUGGAUUUCUUCCAGAAAGUAUGUAUGAACGUAUUCUCACUGGUCCUGUCGUAAGAGAGGAAGUAAGCAGGCGAGGAAGACGGCCUAAAAGUGGGAUUUCCAAGGCUGCUGCAGCGGCGGCAGCAGCUGCAAACGUGACAAGUGUUUCAGGCAGUCCUUUGUUAGCCAAUGGAUUACUUCCAGGUGUGGAUCUGACAACUCUUCAGGCCUUACAACAAAACCUGCAAAAUUUGCAGUCACUACAAGUAACUGCAGGGCUGAUGGGAAUGCCUGCUAGCCUGUCUUCUGGAGGAGAAGCUAAAAACAUGGCCACCAUGUUCCCCAUGCUGCUGUCAGGAAUGGCUGGAUUACCAAAUCUGCUGGGCAUGGGAGGACUCCUGACAAAGCCUGCGGAAUCUGGGACAGAAGAGAAAAAGGGAAAUGACUCUAAGGAGCUAGAAGGAAAAAAAGAAAGGACAGAGAGCCAAAAUUCAGAGAAUGGUGGAGAAAACUCAGUGUCAGGUUCUCCUUCUACGUCCUCUUCUGCUGCAUUAAAUACAGCUGCAGCUGCCAACCCAUUAGCUAUUAACCCACUGUUACUAUCUAAUAUACUUUAUCCAGGGAUGCUUCUCACUCCAGGCCUUAAUCUUCAUAUUCCAACUUUGUCCCAGUCCAAUACUUUUGAUGUACAGAAAAACAAAAACAAUGACUUAGGCUCGUCAAAGUCUGUAGAAGUAAAGGAAGAAGAUUCCAGAGGCAGAGAUCAGGAAGACAAAGGGGGAACUGAGCUGAGUCCUCUCAAUGAAAACAGCACAGAUGAGGGUUCAGAGAAAGCCGACGCUUCAUCUGGAUCUGAUAGUACGUCAUCAUCCUCCGAGGACUCAGAUUCUAGUAAUGAAGACUGAUUCCUAACUCUGCACUUAAAUUAUGAACUGAAUUUGGGUUCUUAUUCUUUAAUUAUUAAUUGUAAAUAUCCCAGUGUUGAGUGCAUCAAUAACUUACUGACCGAACAUUUCAGUUAUUUGUUUAGAAGUGCAAACUGCUUUCAGAGACAUUUUGCAUGUAAUAUUUCUUAAGAUUCAUAAGUUUCCGAACUCGUAUGUACUAUCAAAUACAUAAAGGUGUAAAAUUACAACAAAAGGCAUUAUAAUUUUGUUGGGGGUUAAUUUUAUGAAAAUUAUGCUCAAUAAGAGUUGUAUAUUUAAUAUAUUUGCAGUGAACACAGAAUACUUUAUGCAUAUUACUGAUUUAAUUUGAAUAUAGUUUUACAGCCUCCUUGACACCUAUAAUUUACAGAUCAAAACUCAGCAAUAAUUUGGGCAGCUAAUGAAUGUCAUGAAAGCUGUAGAAUCUACAUCACCAUCCAUUGCUUUAAUUACAUGAAAAUGCUCUAGUGUUGUGAUGCACUGCUGAUGUUUCCAAUUCAGGUACAAGUGUGUUUUAAAGAAGAAAUAAGUUUCCCAAUCAGCCAAUUUAACUGGCUACCUGUUACCUCAGCUGAGUUAGUUUAGGAAGUUUACAUUCGUUUCUAAUUCUAUACUUGUUUUCAGGGGUUUUUUAAACACAUCCUAUAUAUCAUGCUAAUCUGGCAAGAAAUAUGACUUGCUUUUUUUGCUGAGCUUAACUCUGAUAUCAGUGAAAGUAAGUCGUAAAAUAAUCUUGUGUCAUGUGACUUUGGCACCCUAUAGACAUACUUAUUUUUAACUUUUCAAAGUUUGGCCUCCUAUUAGAAAUAAUUAUGUCUCUGAUUGACUAGUGUCUGUUUCCAGGGUUCAGAAAAGGCAAACUCACGAAUGCCACCGUAAAGAACUUUCAACACAGCAUACUUCAUGUACAAGAAGUCGUUUGUUUGCUUUCUUUGUGUUUUAUGUCAUGGAAAUCUUCCAAAAUUAACAAAUAGUGGAAAACUAAUAUGCAGACUGUCUAAAUUCAUUUGAGUUUCUAGGUGUAAGCAGAUAAAACAUUGCCCAGAAUCAGUGUUGGGUUAUCAGUUUAUAUUAAAUAUGCUGAGUUGACCGUUUUGAAAAUGCACUUUGAAUAAUCUCAAAAAGAUAAACAAGUUAUACCUGUAAGCCACAAAAACGAAGCCAGAGGCUUCUGUUCAAUUUCUUAGAACCCUUUGCCAUGUAAAAUUUGUCUGGUAUUUGAUUUGUGAUACAGUUUCUCCUGCAUAAGCUGCUAUUAUUCCGACAAGGUAGAGGUCCAGGUUUACCUUCGUGUACAUUUAAAACAAUUAGAACUAAAUUGGACUUAAAAAUGUUAUUUACAUUCUAAGGAGAGGUAAAUGUCAGCAUUUUUCUGGUACUCAAGUCAGCGAUAAAGUUUGCAAGGGGAUAAAUUUAGGGGUUAAAGUUAUCCCAGUUCUCUCCCACAGAAAACAGACGUUUUUGACGGAACUCUUGUUGCUUUACCAUGAAUUCAGCAAUUGCAUUCGGCUUUACCAAGACCUGUACCAGUAAAUUAUGUUUCUGUAUGUAAAAUACUAACCCCAUUAUUAGAGAAACAGUGUUAUAUGUAUUUACAAAAUUAUAUAAGUUCCAUUGGGAUUGUAUUGAUUUUUGUAUUUUCCCAAAACAGUACUUUUAAUCGAUGGUCUUUUAUGCAGUGUCUUAGCAAUAGUCAUUAUAAUGCCCACCCAGAGGUGGGUAGUAACUCUUCAUCAUGAAAAUGAUAUAUUACAUAUUUAGUAUCUUCCCUUUGCAGUAUUGCACUUUUGUUUAACUAGAGUACACCUAUGAAAUAGCCAAAGUUUUUCACAGUUAACUUAGUUUGCCAGUGGAGUAUUUCAACACCAUCCAUUCUUCCCUUCUCUCCCUCUAGAUCUACCCACAAUAGUCUUUAUUCCUUUUUUUCCCCAAUUUAAAAAAAUAAAAAGGAAAGGAAAAAAAAAGCCCUAGAUCUUGUCACUAAAAUCUAAUUUAUAUCAAAUUUAUGAGAUAAAGUAUUUUCCUAAUUAUGGUCAAGUGAAUUUGGUUAACAUCCUAGUGAUUCUAUGUAAUAAGGCAAUUACAGUUUUCAAAGCAUUAUGGUUAAUAAUAACUUUAAACAUUCUCUUGGGUUUCAAGACACUUCUAUUUAGUAUUCACUGGGGGAAAGUCCAGCUAUCAGCUUAAAAAAAAUGCAAGUAUGGUUGUGUAAAGUUAAGGGUUAUAAGGAGAAAAAAAAUCAAUAGAAUUACAUAAUACUAAAGUUACAGUUGAAAGGUAUCCAAGUAUGUGUUCGUAGUUACUAAAAAAAAUUAUAGCUGUUAUUGCCUUGUGUUUAUAGCCCUUGUUUCAGGUUUCAUGCUCCCAAGUCUUAGUCCAAGUUUUCUUUUGGACAUUUGCAAUAUUUACCAGUUGUGUUCUGUGUAGUCCGAAUUUGCUUUCUGUAGUUGAGCAAACGUCUUAAAAGUCAUUUGUAAUUUAUUAAAUUACUUUCUAUGAUGUUCUAUAGAGCAAAUGGAAGUUUAAUUAUUUUUUAUUAAACAUAUUCUUUGACUACCCAUGAUGUCAGCCUCUGUACAUGACAAUAAUUUUUUUUAAUUGAAUUUUAUGUAUAAUUUAUGUUAUACCGGUUAUGACAGAAACCAGUUAUAAAUCUUUAAAAAGAAAGUAUACACUGAAAAAAUUUAAAACACAGGAAUUGGCUAUAAUUAUAUCCACAAUAUUACAAAUGGUGUUAAUUUUUUCAAUUUGAUUUGAUUGCUGACCCAUUGAUACCAAUGGUUGUUCCAGAAAAAAAAAAAAAACUUUUUGAAAUCUUAAUUGUUAAACUCAGUUAUGCAGCCUAAUCCCUACCCCAUGUCCAGCAUAUAUUAUUUCCUCAAGAUUUCUUUCCCUACACCUUUAAAAUAAUGCUAGAGAUAUUUGGAGAUACACCUACCUCUUUUAGACAUCCAUUUUGGAAAUAUUUUUCUCCUGGUCUUAAGAGAUUUUCCUGCCAUUUUUGAUAACAUUUUUUGUAAACUUUAAAGAAAACUGUUUUCCUUUUCAUUACAAAAGUAAAGUAGUGGAGUCUCAUCAUACAGUCAUUUCACUUGUACACAUUCAAUUAUACUCUCAUGCUUGGAAAGCCGUUUUUUUUCUUUUUGUACAAUAUAGCAUGUAAACAAGCCAACUGCUUCAUCUAGUGCUUUGCCCAGGGAAAUGGUAAUCUGUUCCAGUGCAGGAGAAAGAACUGGUGUGUUGGAUGUUCCUGAGAGACUACACGUAAUACUUUAUGCAAUAAUUUUAUAACUUAAUCUCUACAUAAAUGCAACUCCAGUACAUAAGCUAUUUAUAAGAAAUGCUGAAAACACCAAGGAAAAGUAUUUAAAUCAUGUAUAUAUAUCAGUCCAGAGAUACACACUGUGGAUAUGUCAGGUUUUUUUUAUAUAUGUUAUAUACAUUUUAUAUAUAAUCAGUUACAUGUGAGGCAUAAUACUUAGUGUGCUGCCCUUAAUAUACAGCCCUAAAUCAGAUACCCUGCAAUAUGGUUUGUAAUACAUGCUAUUGGCUCAUACAUGUGUAAUUUAUUUAGCCAUUUGCUUAAAAGUUCUUCUUUGGGUUUAUGCAUUUUAGCGUCCAUACAUAGAAAUUUGUUUUUCUUAAAGAAUUUAAGUGGCGAUUCAUAUGACCAUCAGCAGCAUAGAUUCUGUGCAUGCUGCCUUACCACAAAUUUUUACCAAUACUGUGCAUUGUCCUUUUAAAUAAUCUUUGCCAAACUAAUCAAAAAUAACAUCUUGAUCUUUAAAAUUAACCUAUUGAUCUUUUUUCUAAAAGCUAAUGCAUAUUAAGGAUAUCCAAGGGGAGAGGAGCAACAAAAUAAAAAUCCCCCACAAUGCUGAGAUGCAGAUAAUUGUUAACCUUUUGGUCACUUUCUUUGCAUAUACGUAUUAAUACAACUAUUUUAGUAAGAAUGGAGUUUUUCUGUACAUACCACUUUGUAACUUUAUUCACUUACCAUAUUGUGAUUAUCUUUCCAUGUCUUUAAAAAAUCUGCAUUAUUUUUAAAGGUUUUCUAAUAUCCCAUUAUAUAGGUACAUGAUAUUUUACUUAAUACCCUAUUAUUCAGCAUUUUAAAUUUUUUACAGUUUGGGGCUAUUUAAGCAAUAAUGCUUGUAGUUAAAACUUUGCACCUAUUUAUGAUUCUUCAGCUAGAAUAAAUUCCUAGAUGUAAAACUGUUGUGUUCAAAUUUUAAGACCAGUAAGAUUGUACAAUUUUAUACCCCAACAGCAGAUCAUGAAAUUGCCUCCUUAAAUCUUGCCAACACUGGACAUUAUCAUUUUUUUAAUCUUUGUCAAUUUGAUAGCUUAAAAAAUAGGUUCUUAUUUUAACUUAUAUUUGGCUAUUAGAAAUACAGAUCUUUUCAUAAGGCCAUUUAUAUUUCUUCAGCUGGGGAUAAACUAUGUUUUUUGAGACCUGUUAUACAAGUGGUAAAUAUUAACCCCAGUUUUUCUGUUAAUUUUGCUUGUGUGUGUGUGUGUGUGUGUGUUUAAUAGAUUUUGUCUUUUGCAGCAGAUAUACAUAGAGCUCCCAUUUGCCCCUCUCCGCCACGCAGACUGUUUCCCCUGUUAACGUCGUGCAUUUGUGUGGUACAUUUGUUACAAUUGAUAAACCAAUAUUGAUAUAUUAUUAUUAAAAUAAGUGAAGUCCAUAGUUUACAUUAGGUCUCACUCUGUUGUAGGGUCCUAUGGGUUUUGACAAAUGCAUGUCGUCAUGGAGGUUAGUUUCAAUGUCCUAAAAAUGCUUCAGUUAACAAUAUACAUUUAAGGUUCCUCCCUGGUUUUGUUUUUGGUUGUUUGAUAGCUCAUUUCUUUUUAUUCCUGAAUAAUUCUCUAUUGUCCAGAUGUGCCUCAGUUUGUUUAUUCAUUCGUCUAUUGAAGGGCAUCUUGAUUGCUUCCAAUUUUGGGCAAUUAUGAAUAAAGCUGCUAUAGACAUUUGUGUCCAGGUUUUUAUGUAGACAUACAUAUUUUCAACUCAUUUUUUGUUGGUUGCCAUUUAGUCGAUUCUGACUCAUGGAGACCCCAUAUGACGGAUAAAGAAACAAAUGCUGGAAGGUUAAGUCGCUUGCCCACAGCCGUGGAGCUAAGAGUAACCCACAGGCAGUCUCACUCAGAGUCUAUGCUUGUUGACCAUUAAGUAAGACUUGUUAUUGCCUGUUUAUGCAGGGGCCUUGACAGGAUUUGGUGAUUCAGUGGAUGAGAAACAGAAGAAUGGCUCUCAGGUCUCCAGCUUGAGCAACUGGGUCAGCGGUGGCAGUUCCAGUAACGAGACUUGAUGAGGCUAGAGACAAAGCAGAUUUCGGAAGAAAGAUCAUGAGUCUUUUGGACAUGCUUAUUCUGAAGUGUCUAUGAGGCAUGCUGACAGAGUGGUUAAGAGCUCGGCCGCUAACCAAGAGGAUGUCAGAAUCCACCAGCUGCUCCUUGAAAACCCUAGGGGGCAGCUCCACUCUGUUGUAUAGGGUCACUAUGAGUCAGAAUCGACUCGACAGCAAUGGGUUUUUUUUUGUUGUUUGUUUUUAUGAGGCAUGC